UGUUAUACACACUAGACGUCAGACUCAACAUAACAAUGGAAACUCAAUACGAGGAAGUCCAGAAGCCGCCGUUCUAUGAGACCAACCUAGAAGAAUGCAGGAAUGCGGGCCAAAAUAGCACAUCAUCAAUAUCACUACAGCCACCGAAAAUAAACAGCGAGCGAUGCAAGAGAAAGAAAAAAAAAGAGCACACGACACAAAAACAUGCCCCCCGAGACAAAAACAAACCACAAUUUGGACGGGAAUCAAAGGGUCUCAGAGACCCCGGCAAAACGUACCAAGACAUCGUCUCUUCCUGACUCGAUUCUUUCUCCAUCUGCUUCUUAUCAAUUUGUCACUGCUCAUCCAACAGCCCGUAGGACAAGGACAAGGACACAAGAGCAAACUUAAGGGCACAAGACAAGUGAUUCUCUUGUUGAUGUCAAAGGUUUUUUGCUUUUUCUGUAAGCACAGAGGGAGGAGUAUUUCGCGCUCUGCGAUGCCUGAUGUCUAGGUAAGUAGGUAGGUAGGUACUCCAAAAAGGGAGUAAAAGCUAUAAACAACAAGAAGUAUGUAAAAUAGCACAACCUUCGCUAACGGGAAGUCCAAAAUCAAUGUACCGGGAAAAAUAAAGACACCCCAAACCCUUUUAC